AAGCGAUUAUAAGAUGUUUGACCGUCUCCAGAAUGACCUCCAACACCUACGACUGACUCGGUGUAAACGAACAUCUCGGCUUUAGAAAGUUUGUUGGACCUCAAGAAUUCGAGCAUGGCAUCUACCUCAUCCUGAGUGGUUAUGAGAUAUUCCUCGUGCCACAACGACCCGCCUUCUCUGUUUGGAUAUCGGUACACCAUACAAUCAACUCUUCUCGUGCCAUCCAUGCAAGUAACGUUAGUACACAUUUGAUAGAGGUCUUCAAGCAUCGGUCUGGUAGCGACCUUUAUUUUGUGAAAAUUGCCACGACGUAGGUGACCCCCUUUCCGCUCUCUUCCGUGUAACCAUUCCAUCGUAACCCAAGCGUGAACUUUUGGAAUGCCAUCUGCAAAAAAAAAAAAAAAAAAAAAACAAUAGUUCAACUAAUAUCAUAAAAAUCACAAUUCACAAUAAAAAGUAAUACAAAAAAACUUACGAGUUAACGUUAACCGUAAAAACACUAGAGAAAUAUGGAGCUACAAUAGAAAAUUGAAAAGAGAGAAGAAGAGGUGUGAAGAGAAAAAGAUUUGUCGGCUGCUUUUUAUAGGCAAAAUCAUCAAUGAAAACCGCACCUUAGAGGUGCGUUUUUCAUCUGCCAUGCAGGCCCACGUCUGUGAAUCUGCAUGGCUGCUUGUCUGGUGACGGAAAAUAAUUGACACACAAACCGCACUUGGGGGGUGCGGUUUUGCUAGGUCAGUCCAAAACCGCACCUCGACCAAGCGGUUUUUGUAGGUCAGACCUAAAACCGCUUGGCCAAGAUGCGGUUUUGGCCUAGGAUAAUAAACCGUACCUUAGAGAUGCGGUUUAUAUGUAAAACGCACUUUGGAAGUGCGGGUGCUAUUUUUGUAAAUAUUUUCGGCUGGAUGCUAUUUUGGUAAUUUAUUUUCUAAAUAGUGCUAUUUCUGGAAAAAUCCGGAUGAAAAAAGGCCGAGCGAAUCCUCAAAACUGGAGAAAAAAUAUAUUUAAUUACGCAUCCAAACAUGGCGCCGCAGCGCCGCGCCGUGUCUCAAACUCCUAGGCGAUUCAUUCAAAGACCGUAACCACAGUGGGAAUCGAUCUAUGGAUUGGAGUCCAUGCCUGUUUCGUUUUCUUUGUCAUUUCUGGGUUGAGAAAUGAUAUUCUCUUCUGCUGGUCCGGCGAUUCUGGAUAGCUGAAGUGAAAGCUAAUGGACAAAAUGGCGCAGUCUCAACUGGAGGCCCACCAUUGUCCCAUGGCCGGCUGCGAUAACCUCUCACUCCAAACAUGGAGGGCGGCGACAAACCGCAGCACCCGAAACGAGGAUUUUCUUUCGGUCCCCAAUCAUGGCCCUUUCUGCCAGAGAUCGAGUGCGACAAAUCGGUUCGGAGGAUAUACAGCAGAGGAGGCCAUGGAUUAUGGAGACGUGACAUCGACAUGGCACCAAGAUACUGCGUUACGUCUCCUAGUUCGCCUUGAUUUCGACAUAAAUGCCCGACUACAGAGUAUCCCCUACCACAAAUCCUGAUUAUGGAGAAGAAGAGUGGGAAUCAGGAGCUGAACCCAUUUCAGUACCGUCACCCUCUUCUACUGUUGUUCUGCGUUCUGCUUUUCUGCUUAUACCCAUUGAAUGGGGAACUAGCCGACCCGAUUGGCCACGGGUACAGAGUUAUAUCAGCCGGAAUCGAUCCCUCGGCCGGCAACUCCUUCGUCGUCGACCUGAAGCUGAUCAACCAGUCUUCAGUUUUUGGUCCUGACAUCGAGAGACUUACACUCACUGUCAGCUUCGAGACGGAGGAUCGCCUGCGGAUACGUAUCACAGAUGCCAAACACAAGAGAUGGGAGAUCCCUCAAGAAAUCAUCCCACGUCAAAAUAACACCUUGGACUCGAACUUAGCCCAUCACCAUUCCGAGCAACAAGGCCUCGUUUUAUCAGUCCCGAACUCAGACCUCACCUUCACACUCCUCAACGCUACUCCAUUCGGCUUCACCGUGUCUCGCCGUACCUCGGGGGACGCCAUUUUCGAUGCCUACCCGAACCCAUCGGAUCCGGAGACGUUCCUGGUAUUCAAGGACCAGUUUAUCCAACUCACUUCUUCACUUCCCGGCGAGAAAAGGGCUUCACUUUAUGGUUUGGGAGAGCACACAAAGAAGUCAUUCAAGCUGGUGCCUAAUGAAACACUCACAUUGUGGAACGCCGACAUUGCUAGCUUCAAUCCUGAUGUCAAUCUCUACGGGUCUCACCCCUUUUACAUGGACGUUCGGUCAGCAUCCCCUGACGGUAAGGUGAAAGCCGGCACAACUCAUGGAGUUCUGUUGCUUAACAGCAACGGCAUGGAUGUAACUUAUGACGGUGAUAGAGUUACUUACAAGGUUAUUGGUGGAGUCAUUGACCUGUACAUUUUUGCUGGGCCAACACCAAAUUUGGUACUGGAGCAGUACACAGAGCUCGUUGGCAGGCCGGCUCCUAUGCCAUACUGGUCUUUCGGGUUUCAUCAAUGCCGAUGGGGCUACAGAAACGUUUCGGAUCUUAAAGGGGUAGUUGCUGGUUAUGCAAACGCUGGUAUACCCCUGGAAGUAAUGUGGACCGAUAUUGAUUACAUGGAUGCAUACAAGGAUUUUACUCUUGAUCCCGUCAAUUUCCCACCUACUGAGAUGGAUAAGUUUCUUGCAAGUUUACACCAAAAUGGUCAGAAAUAUGUCCUCAUCUUGGAUCCUGGUAUCAGCAUAAACUCGUCAUAUGCAACUUAUACAAGAGGAAUGAAGGCUGACAUUUUCGUCAAACACAAUGGGUCUCCUUACGAGGGCGUGGUUUGGCCUGGACCAGUCUACUUCCCUGACUUUCUCAAUCCAGCAACUGCAGAAUUUUGGGGCAAUGAGAUCAAGAUGUUUCGAGAGAUUCUUCCCUUCGAUGGCAUAUGGCUUGACAUGAACGAAGCAUCCAAUUUCAACACCACUUCUCCCACUCCCAAUCAAUUCUCACCCUUCGAUGAUCCUCCAUACAAGAUUAAUGAUGCUGGAGUGAGACGGCCCAUUGAGAACAACACACUGCCGCCGACAGCUCUCCAUCACGGCGAUGUUGCAGAGUACAACGUUCAUAACAUGUAUGGGAUGUUGGAAUCGAAAGCCACCAAUGCAGCUUUGGUUAGUUUGACUGCAAAGAGGCCGUUCAUACUUUCUAGGUCCACAUUUGUGGGUUCUGGGAAGUACACAGCACAUUGGACCGGGGAUAAUGCCGCCACAUGGGAUGAUUUGGCUUACUCCAUUCCGUCGAUUCUUAACUCUGGACUCUUAGGACUUCCAAUGGUUGGUGCAGACAUUUGUGGGUUUGCUCGGAACACAACCGAAGAGCUUUGCCGGCGUUGGAUUCAGCUAGGCGCUUUCUACCCAUUUGCAAGAGACCAUUCUGCCAUAGACACAACACGACAAGAACUCUAUCUCUGGGAUUCAGUAGCUGCGACAGCCAAGAAAGUGCUCGGGCUGCGCUACCAGUUACUUCCUCACUUUUACACCCUUAUGUAUGAGGCACACACCAAAGGAACCCCCAUAGCACGCCCUCUCUUCUUCUCCUUCCCUCAAGACAUUCAAACUUACGACAUCAGCUCGCAGUUCCUACUCGGCGACAGCAUAAUGGUAUCCCCUGCGUUGAAGCCUGGUGCUAUCUCAGUCGAUGCCUACUUCCCAGCAGGCAACUGGUUUGAUCUCUUCAAUUUCUCCAAUUCAGUAACUGCACCGGAGAAAGGAGAGUGCAUAAACCUGCCUACUCCAGCAGACCACAUUAACGUUCAUGUUCAGGAAGGAAGCAUCGUGGCUUUACAAGGAGAAGCCAUGACAACAGAGAAAGCUCGAGAGACGGGAUUCCAUCUCCUUGUUGUAGUCAGUGAGAGUAACCAAAGCCACAGCUUUGGACAAGUUUUCUUGGACGAUGGGGAGAGCGUGGAAAUGGGCGGCGGUGAAGGUGAGAGGUGGAGCUUGGUAAAGUUUCAUGCUCGCAAAGUUGGAGACAUGGUUAUCGUUGGAUCGGAGAUAGAGAAUGGAGAGUUUGCAAUGAGCAAGAAGUGGGUUGUAAACAAAGUGACGAUCUUGGGAAUGGACAAUAGUCAGAAGGGGAUGUCUUUGGGAGGCACGAAAAUGGAGGGGGGAAGGAAGAUGAAGCCAAGUACUGUGAGGACAAGUGUUGUGAAUGGCAAUGGGAAGUUUGUUGUAUUCGAGAUUUCGGGUUUGUCUUUGAAAAUUGGACAAGCGUUCCAGUUGAAGGUGAGAUAUGGCAAGGAAGAAGCGACCACCAGCGUUGCCGUGUAUCGGAAGGAAAAUGGUGACUGGUCAUUGGAUGUUUAGAAGACCCAGUGAACUCCCAGGUUUCAAUCGGAUUGGAUUCGCCAGCUUCUCUGUGGUAACUGCCCCUGCAGCCUUUACGCCUUCCUUCAACCAAUUUUUCCUCCUCGUCUUCCCUGUUACCCGUUUCCUCCUCUCGUUUCUGUUUUGUUUUGGUAGAAAGAUUUGAUGUGAUCCAAAUCCGAAGAGAACCCUCACAUGCCACAUGUACACCAACUAUUAAUGAACUCGUUCCCAGCAUUAAUUCUCUUAUGCACCAUCACGUGAGUGGCAUAACGAGCAGCAGCUAUAAUCGUCCACUUAUCCAUUAAAAAUGCUCCCAAUUGAUCCUUAUAUCUUUCAAUUCGAAUCUUCAUUUUUGGACCACGGGAGUUAAAUACCGUGCUAGUCGAUAUCACAUCAUUCCCUCUCUCUUGAAGAAGAUUCGACCUCGAAUCUUUACAGAAUCUUGAUCUCUGAUCACCUCCAUUCGUCUUGGUCUUCCAACAAAAUUGUCUUGGUAGU